CGCACACACACUCGUGCAAGCCUUUGCAUUGCAUUGGCAGCAGUAAGAUAUGAUUAGAUAGUCAUAGUCUAAGUAUCAUAUAAUAACAAAAAAUCAAUACAACGAAAAGAAAGAAAAAGAAAAAAAACGCGAUAGGCUGUCUCGCUCAGUUGCCAGUCUGCAUUAUUGCCAUUGGAGUCCAGUUGUCCUCGCGGAUGUAUCAACUUUCUCGGCCGCGAUUCAAGACACAGCGUAGUAGUAAAUGUCAACAACCCAACUGCGGAGUUUAUGUACUCGACCCACCGUCACGGCGCAGCGACCCCACACGCUAAACUUGGUCAACCGAAGCCAUUGCCGAGCGGGGUGGAAGGGCGGGACUUGGCCCCCCCUGCCGCCACUGCCCCACCACCACUAUAGCAACAGCAGCUACAACAGCAAUAUCAACAUAAUCAACAACAACAACAACAACAAUAAUAAUAACAGCCACCAUUUUAACAACAAUCAUACGAGCCUUUUAUCCUCCACCUUACACCCAAUGGCAUCUAUGGCUCAGCCGCUCUCAACACAGACCACUUCCGUGGACAGCAUAGGUUCCUGCUCGCUGGAUGUUAAUGCCACGGGCACUACCUCGCCAGCGACAUUGGAAGCUGUCGAUGGAUCUCGGCGGAGUCUUCGUAGUGUCAGUUUGGAGAACAACCUCUCAAGUGUAGCAGCGGUGAGUACACGGGGUCGCUUCAAACUGUGACUUUGGAGGAAUAACAUACUGCGCUGAAAUGAUGAUGGAUGUGGCACACGCGCGCACACACUCACUCACACGAGUAUGUUAUAUAUUCGAUAUACAGCACACAGUUUCUUGAACGUUAUUUGCAUAA